ACGAUCCACAACCGGUAUUAGCGCGCGGGAGCGCGUGUGGGACGGAGGGCUGUGUUUCACGCACUUUGCGCUCAGUCCAGCUCCAUCAAUAAAACAACGGAUUUGACAACGAUGUGUGUUGUGAGGGAGGCUCUUGUGCAAACUGUGAAGAGGUGUACAGUGUGUAAAAGCUGGACCUUUAUUUCUCGGUGUGGUAGCUCUUCAGGGACUAGUGACACUUUCAUCCGCUGUAAAUCCACCUAUAAAUAGACUGUAAUGCUCUGCAUCAUACUAUCAGACUAGUGUCUAUUUUUGCGUUAAUGGGUGUGAUUCUAAAUAAAAAUCCAUUAAUAAAAAAUAAUAAUAAUAAUGAUAGAACGUGGCCGUAAGCUUUUGUGUAUUUUUAUCUUUCGUAAUCGUUUCACUUUUAUUCCUUUACAUCGUAGUUUAGUGUUGUUCGCUGCUGGCUGACUCAGGGCCAAAUGAAAUGUAAAAACAAUGAAAACAAUAAAAAUAAAACCUUUUCACCUUAACGACGAGUAAUGAAAACACAGUUGACGUGUUUGAGUGAACAUUAAGUUUCUACAACAGAUCACAUCAUUCUGGUCGUAUCAUUCAGUCAUUUAUUUAUUUUCAUUUGCUUAUUAUACUCAUUUUAUUUUUUAAUUUUUCACAAUAUCAAAUUGAAUAUGACGGGUUAGUGCUAUUUAUUACAGUUAAGUCGGUCUACUGUCAGUAAAAUGAGAAGCUAGGUUAUUUAUUUAGUGAAAAUGAGCUUGUUUUCACCUGACUUUCAUGCUACAAACUUUAGUUGUGAUCUGACGCCCCUUGUGGUGACACAAGUGAACCACGCGUUUUCCCUCCUCACAUCUUUACAGGGGUUUCUCUUCAUUUAAAUAGUCACUAAAGAGGAACAAACAACAGGUUUUUUCUUGUGAAAACCCAGAAGCAGGUGCCCCGAACACAUCGUCCUCCCGUUGGAAAUCCCCGACAUGAUGUCAUCGUGUUUAUUUGCAUUCCAUCCGCUUUUUGUGACGAAUGAAGCGACGCUCUCCUCUCUCCUCCGCCUGUAAUACACUGCGCUGUAUGAUAACCGGCCCUUUAGCUUGGCUCCCAGUCCCCUUUUGCCUUAAUGAUUUGUCUCCUCUCACAGGUCGGACCCAGGCCCAGUGCACCCUCAGGCCGCUGCCGGCCCUGGGCACCCAGAGGAUCAUCCAGGGGAACGGCACCACCGUGGGCACGGUCAUCUCCCUGCAGUGCCCGGCCAGGCACAAGCUGGUGGGACUGGAGAUGACGUGCGUCAUGGACUCCAACAGCACCCACUGGGUGGGGAACACCUACUGUAAACCCGUGUCUCCCUUCGAGGACUAUGGUUUCCGCGUGGCUGUGCUGGCAUCCAUCGUGAGCCUGGGCGUCAUCUUCUUCAUGUCCGUGGCCUUCAUCACCUGCUGUUUGCUCGACUGCAUCAAAGAGGACAAAAGGAAAAAACACGAGAGAGACUCAGAAAUGUGGCAGUGGGAGGAGCCGGCCCAACACCGCGGCGAUGGCAGGUCUCACCACAGCCAGGAAGGCUGGAACAACAACAACAACAACACCAGCACCACCCGGGAGAAAGCGGCGUCGCUGUGGCCCGCCGGGCCCGCGGCCGCGUGCGGGUGCCACCAGCAGUACGCGCUCGGACCCGCCGCCGCAUGCGGGCGCUCUCCUCCGCUCUCCACUCUGCCCGGCUACGACUGCGAGCGGCCCCUCCUGCCCAGGAGCCCCGGGCCAGCGAGGAUCUCCGGCGGGCCCCCUCAGUGCCGCCGGGCCGCCAACCCGGGCCUGGUGCGCGCCUCGGCGGCGGUGUCCGGCGUGGCGCGCCAGUACGGGGGGAGGCGCGGCGGCCCGUCGGGAGUCGACCCGCCGGCGGCCGCGGAUGACUCCGGCGCGAGGGACGCGAAGGCGGCCAAAGAGUUUUCCAUCCGGAUUAUAUCGGUGUGAGGAGAACCGUGGGGGGGACUUGUUUACUGACCAAACACGUGGGUCUGUGCAAACUGAGCAGUUCUGCACAGUUUGGAGGCUGUGCAGGCAUUCCAGUGUGUACCAGUGUGACAGAUGCACGUGCCUUUUGUAAACUAUAAUGGCACACUGCCCUCUGGCUGCAAAGGGGAGCUAUGGCACCUUCAGUAGGCUGGCUUUGUCAGAAGACACUCUCUGUACAUAAGAAAGUCCAAGGACCUCAAAUGAGCUUUCCAGGAAAUCCGGAAUCAGGAACAUUUAUUGCCAAAGUAUGUUAGACAUACAAGGAAUUUGACAUGGCGAUUGGUGCAUAGCAUCGGACAGUAAGACAAUGGACAACAAAACAAAUAAUAGAUUGUUGCGUUUCGGCUAAGUUAAUGAUCACGAUGUAAUGUGACGUCCACGUUAAAAAUUUGACUCGUCUCAGUUUGUUGGUUGAGGAAGGCACCAGUCAGUAUAUGUAAAUAUAUUCUUUUUUUUAA